UUCUUUGUCGCGGUCGUUUGACGACCGACCGAAAAGCCGAUGUCUCGGUUCCUAUAAAUAUUGCAGUUGCCGAAUCAAUCCCAACGCAGACGUCAGACACAACACACGAACGCGCACACGCAUUACCCCGAAUUUAGUUCACGACAGCUCAGCUGCGCGCGUUCCGAGAGGCAAAGAAAAGCGAAGCUAUCGCAAGCCUACAAGAAAAGGCAAGAAAAAGGAAGACCCUCGAUCGAUCGGCAGCUCGAAAAGCCUCGAAAUUUCCAUCUACGUUACGGGUCUCCUUCGCUGCCUUUUGUAACCUUUUGGAGCAGUUCGAGAAUGGCGGAUCAGUUUUUUCAGAAUGAGAAUCCGAACGGGUACUACUAUGUGGGUGGCAUCUUGGCCUCUGUUCUCGGGGUCUUGUUUCUUUACCGUUUGGUUGCCAGAAAGAGGAGACGAAAUGGGAGUGAAUGCGUGAAGAGCAUGGGAACCACGAGGGACAAGGAGAGCAGAUCGGCGAACGAAAGUGGCCGGGGUGACUUUGACGUCAUUGUCGUUGGAGCUGGUGUCGCUGGCUCUGCUCUCGCCUACACGCUCGGGAAGGACGGCCGCCGAGUGCGUGUAAUUGAAAGGGACUUGACGGAGCCUGACCGGAUUGUGGGAGAGCUGUUGCAGCCAGGUGGUUACCUCAAACUGAUUGAGUUGGGACUUGAAGAUUGCGUGGAGAAAAUUGAUGCACAACAGGUGUUUGGUUAUGCACUGUUCAAGGAUGGACGAAAUGCUCGACUUUCCUAUCCCUUGGAAAUGUUUGACUCUGAUGUUUCCGGUAGGAGCUUCCACAAUGGCCGCUUCAUACAGAAAAUGCGGGAAAAAGCAGCCGCUCUCCCCAACGUGCAACUGGAGCAAGGGACAGUCACUUCUUUGCUGGAAGACAACGGAACUGUCAAAGGAAUCCAAUACAAGACAAGAACAGGUCAAGAGCUCACAGCAUACGCACCCUUGACCGUUGUUUGCGACGGGUGCUUCUCGAAUUUGCGACGUUCCCUUUGCGAUCCCAAGGUUGAUGUGCCAUCCUGUUUUGUCGGUCUGGUUCUGGAGAACUGCAACCUUCCUUAUGCGAACCAUGGGCACGUCAUUUUAGCUGAUCCAUCUCCAAUCCUCUUUUACCCCAUAAGUAGCACGGAGGUCCGCUGUCUGGUCGAUGUACCGGGCCAAAAGGUGCCUUCAAUUUCAAAUGGCGAAAUGGCAAACUAUCUAAAAACCGUGGUAGCACCUCAGGUUCCCCCUGAAAUCCUUGACGCCUUUGUAGCUGCGGUGGAUAGAGGAAACAUACGGACCAUGCCGAACAGAAGCAUGCCGGCCGCUCCGCAUCCCACUCCAGGAGCUUUGCUAAUGGGGGAUGCUUUCAAUAUGCGUCAUCCGUUAACUGGAGGAGGAAUGACCGUGGCACUUUCUGAUAUCGUCGUGCUACGGGAUCUUCUACGGCCUUUGAGGGACCUCAAUGACGUGCCUGCUCUCUGCAAGUAUCUCGAAUCGUUCUACACAUUGCGUAAGCCAGUAGCGUCCACGAUAAAUACGCUGGCAGGGGCUCUGUACAAGGUGUUUUGUGCGUCGCCCGAUGAAGCGAGGAAGGAGAUGCGACAAGCGUGCUUCGACUAUCUAUGCCUUGGGGGCUUGUUCUCGACGGGACCUGUUUCUUUGCUCUCCGGUCUGAAUCCUCGUCCACUGAGCUUGGUUCUCCACUUCUUCGCAGUUGCGAUAUAUGGUGUGGGGCGUUUGUUGCUGCCGUUUCCUUCUCCUAAACGCAUCUGGAUUGGAGCCAGAUUGAUUUCGGACGCAUCCGGGAUUAUAUUCCCGAUCAUCCGAGCAGAAGGGGUUAGGCAAAUGUUCUUCCCGGCAACCGUCCCGGCAUAUUACAGAGCUCCACCAGUCAAGUGAGUGUCGGUUUAGUGGAGUUAGGUUGCUGCCCUGACCAAAGGCAGUUUUUUCAGAAGUCCAGGGGAGGUUGAAUGUUCUUCCAACUAGGAGUUGAGUAAUUGAACUUAUCUACUUGUAAUUUAGCUUUUCUCUUGAUAGUAAGGCCUUGUUGGUUCCAUUGACGAUUCUCAUUCCCAGUAAUUCCCUGAAUCAUAUUCUUUUUC